AAGGUUCGGGUUGCAGUGAACGUUGGACGCUACGUCCUGCUUGCUUUGCCAAACACACGCUCGCUGAAUCAGUUUGGCCGCGAGCGUUGUGCGAGACUGCACGAGCUGGGCCUGGGAAGUACGCGAAAGCAGCACGCACAGUAUCCGUUUUGUCUGUCCUGCAUACUGUCCAUGUCAUACAAUCAACCGACGUGAAAGCAUGUUGUACGGCGUAAGCCAAGGUGUUACACGGUGGUGGGAAUUGGCUUUCACGAAGCAAUGUGUUGAAUUAACCGCGAAAAAAUCGCUGAUAGUGAUGUGUGGUGUUGCGGUGUAAAACGUUAGUGAUAAGGGGAAAAAAUAUUGACCAAGUGAUCGUAAAUGCAAAAUUUAAACCACAUCCCUUGUAGUUGGGAACGAAAGCUUUAGCCUCUAUUCACAAUACGCCCAUUCAACUACUGACGGAAAAGAAGAACCAAAAAAUCAUACUUCGCUCAAUCAACUAACGCUACGCUAAUCUUGUUCGAACCAACCGAUCAAACAACCAAUAAAGCCAAACGGGUCCAGUUUAUUUUUAGUUCAUUCAGUACUUGGUACACAUUGGUCUGGUAGUAGCGUAUUUUGGGCAUGAUCGUAUAUACGCAAGGCUAGACAAUUAAACCCAUUCGUUGCCUGCAGCUUCCCAUUUUGAAUUUUGCUUGGUCAAAAAAAAAACACAAAAAUAAAAUACGCGAACAAACGCUGUCCAGUGCAUCGACAGGUGAAACGUUUCGCUUUAUGAAUUGUGUUGUGCGUGCGUAUGUUUAGCUUGAUUAGUGCAUUUUAAAAAAAAACGGGGGGAGAAAAAAAGCUCACCCCAUCCACUUCACCCUCCACUAUCCGCCAUUGUGGCAACAAUGUUCUGGAUUCUGAGGCGAACCGGCGCGGUCAACUUGUUCAACUCCAUCAACGGCAACGGUACGGCAGCCAAAACGGGGUCCAACAGCAGCAGCAACAACUCGGAAAGGAGUAACCCUCGUCCGCCACGCAAAGCCUACGGACGACUGAGCGGCGAAUCCGAUGACGCUCAAUCGGUCCAGCGCUCGCGGUACGAUGUGACGACAGCUUCAUCUGCCCAGGGCUACAGUGGCAAGCUGAUAGACUUCGCGGGCAAUAAUACGGCGGGACCAGAGCCAUCCACCGGUUAUGGCUGCGACGAGCACAUCAACGGCAACGGACCAUCAUGCUGCAACGGGUACGGUUACAUCAACAACAACAACAACAAUCACAACAGCAACAUGAUCAACAACAAUCACGAAAGCAACAAUCAAACGAACGGUAACGAUUGGCUUGAACCAGUCGGUCCACAACCAACGCCGAACGGGCCGUGCAUGUCGACCGGCAACAUGGCCACCGGUGACGGAACGUUCGACGACACGGACGACGAUGAGGACGUGAACCGGAAUCAUUCCAACUAUAACGAAACCGACUCGGAACUCGAACUGGACGGCAAGAUUAAGGAGCAGCGGCUGGAAGAGCAGGCCCUCGCCAGGCUGCACGCGAUUGCACUGUCGGACGACGAUGAUUAUGAUGAGUCACUGACCUGCAAUGUGUGCGAUCGGGCAUUCCGCUGCCGCCGUCAGCUGGCGUCCCAUCAGCAGAAGAAGCGUCACUUUGGUUGCAGUGGCUGCGAUAGCCUGUUCUCAUCGCUGAUGCUGUUGGAACAUCACAAAGAAGAGUUCGAGCACUGGAGCGACUACGAAGAUGACAGACGGCUACCGUGCUGCCGACGCAACCGCCGGGAUGAGGAUGACUAUACCGACACCGAAUCUGGCACGAGCGAUGCGGAGAGUGAAGACCUUGAACGGUUGCUUUAAACAGUGGGACAGAGUCCUGCCAGGCCUGACAUGGCUGACAAACGGCGCUUGUUAGCAGAUUAGUUGUGGUUGGUUUUUUGGUUUUUUCGCAAACACGCUGUAUAUUUUGGAUUACUAUUGUAGCGAAAAAACAGUGAUGUUUUAAUGAUUGUUAUCUCUAUGUGUUAUAAAUGCUCAUUCAUAGAGAUCAUCCUUCAAUGUAUAUGUGUGUAUGUGUGUGUGUGUUUACUACCAACGCGAAGAAACAAGGUUUAAUAUCGAUCAUUUGUUACAGGCAGCAAAGCCGUCUCCAGGAGGUGUAUUGUUGCGGUUAGGAAAAUUAAAAUGUCAGUAAAAGAAAGCAUAGCAUCAAUCAAAUAUCAAUCACGGUGGAGAUAUGUUUCCCGGAAUUCCAAAGACUAAAGCGUACAGUAACCUCAAGAUGUAACCUUGAAGGUAUUCAUUGUUGAAUAUAGCGUCCCUACAAAUCGUAGCAGAUUAUUCCACACAGAACAGAAGCACUCAUCAUUUAUAUCUGAAACAUCCGGUACUCUAUGCUCUACGCACUACUAGGAAGUACUACUCUACUGCGUUGAGGAAGAAUUGCAAUGCAUGAUGCGGCCAUCUUGAAAUGCAAUCAAGUCACAUUAAGCGUUUCUCCAAUGUAGCAUUCCUGAAGAGCUUUCCAAUUUCAAUUGUUUGUCGAAGUGAUUGUGCCGUAAGACCCAUGUCAGAAGAUCAGUGCAUUUCCCAACGCAAUGCACUUGUUGUUAUUGAGAUGUAAUACACGUGAUCAGAUGUAGCCGUUUUCAAGCUUAUUUCUAGUGAAGAAGACAAAACUAACAAAGAGAUGAAGUUUAGCAACAAACAUUGUGCGCAAAAACAAUCCUUACGCUAUCAAGUUAGAAAUGUAAUAAAGAGAACCAUUUGUAGUCUUCUAACCCAAGACAGUGUUAAACCCCCAAGGUCCCAACAUAUUUACUAGCAAAAACCUAGCAGGG